ACGUGACGGGUAGGGAAGCUGGGUGGGGACGGCGAGCGGGGGCCGUCCCUUCGCGCCCCGGCCCAGAGGGCGAGGCGAAUUGUCCGGCCCCACCCCUCGCGGGCCUGCCCGCCGCGGCGUGGGACCUUACUUCACGCAGGGGCCCGACCUCCCGCGCCGCUUCCCCGGCCAGCUUAGCCCUAGGCGGCGCCAUGGACCGCCGGUGCUGACUGGAGUUGUCUCCUCCCCAGGGCCUCGGCGAGGGGCGAGAGUUCACGCUUUCCGACGGAGCCGCGCCCGCCUCGGCCUCCGCCUUGCGCCCGCGGAGAUGGAGAGCCGCACCCGAUGCCCCAGCGCGGCCCGCGACCCCACGCUGGCCGACCCCCGCUAACUGCUCGGAUUUGGCGUUUUAUCCACCACCUAGGCCUUGCCUGCUAGGUCAGUGGUGUUGUGGUUCGAAAGAAAUGGAAGAAAAGGAGCGAUGUGACCGAUUCCGUUCAGUCCGCUUGCUUUGAGGCCUGGUUGGCAUUUGCAGAGAGGAAAACAACAAGAAAAUCGUGGUUUUUGAAGGGGAGUGGGAGGGUAACGUGGCAGAAGAGAAACAAAGUCUUAGAUUUUAUAUGAUUUUUUUUUGAAGUCUGCAUUUUGGCAGUGGUAGCGAAAUAAACUAAUCCAAGAGUUAUUUUUCCAUUGAGAAGAGACAAAUGGAUUUUUUUUUCUUUUGAUUCCAACCUUUUCUCCCAGUGACAAAGCAUAAAUCACGGGCACUAGAGAAUAAGGUGGACCUCAGGAACCCUGAAAAGACUGAGAAGAUUACAUUCUUCCUCAGGAGGGGAGGGUGGGGGUGUUUUUAGCCCUCUCUGGAACCUAAAACGAAAAAAACAUGAGUUGCGUGCCAUGGAAAGGAGACAAGGCCAAAUCUGAAUCAUUGGAGCUGCCCCAGGCGGCACCCCCACAAAUCUACCAUGAGAAACAGCGCAGGGAGCUUUGUGCCCUCCAUGCCCUCAACAACGUCUUCCAGGACGGCAAUGCCUUCACCCGGGAAACGCUGCAAGAAAUAUUCCAGAGGUUGUCUCCAAACACCAUGGUGACACCUCACAAGAAGAGCAUGCUGGGAAAUGGGAACUACGAUGUGAAUGUCAUCAUGGCGGCCCUUCAAACCAAAGGCUAUGAAGCUGUUUGGUGGGACAAGCGCAGGGAUGUCGGUGUCAUUGCUCUCACUAACGUCAUGGGCUUCAUCAUGAAUCUGCCCUCCAGCCUGUGCUGGGGCCCAUUGAAGUUGCCUCUCAAAAGGCAGCACUGGAUCUGUGUGCGAGAGGUGGGAGGUGCCUACUACAACCUCGACUCCAAACUCAAGAUGCCUGAGUGGAUUGGAGGCGAGAGCGAGCUCAGGAAAUUUCUAAAACAUCAUUUGCGAGGAAAGAACUGUGAACUCCUGCUGGUGGUACCAGAAGAAGUGGAAGCCCAUCAGAGCUGGAGGGCUGAUGUGUAAUGCAGUUCUGCCCAACCUUCCCCUCACCUCAACCCCUCAAGCCUCUGUGAUGUGCUGUGGCCUACACAGUGGGCCUGUCCUUGCCACUUCCCCAAACAUCUCGUUGGGAUUUUCCCCUCAGAUUUGACAGUGCAAUAGGACAGAUGUGUGGACUGUUAGAAGAACAACCACCAGCGUUACUUGUUCGUGGGAAAGGAAGAUAGGAGCUCUGUGUGCUUAGGGCAAGCCAUCGAAGACCGUUGGUUUCAAGAGAGAGGAAGAAAGGUGGGUCCUAGUUUAUUUUCCCCUUUCCUGUGAGGACUUGACACAGGUUCUGCUGGAGUUAAUCAUUGCUGCUCCAGGCUUACCUGGAGAUGCUGCCUCCACUUUCCCUUUCCUGGCAAACCAAUGGGUCUGAAGACAUAGUACAUGCAAAGCCCAUGUGACUGGCCUGAAGGACCUAGAGCAUUGGGGUCUCUCAGGAAACCAUCUCUAAAACCCUAGCCGCGGUACAGCGUGCUGUCUCCAACCCUUAAUGCCACCCCUUUUUAUCCCUUAAUGGGACCCCCAUGUUUAAGGGUGGUUUGUGGCCAUCUUUGGAGUUUUAUAAUGAUAAGUCCUCUAAUAUUCUAAGCCGGGUGGUUGAAUCCUGCAAUAUUCCAGCUUGACGGGUAAGAUAGAUACCUAAGAGGACAUGGCUAAAGCCAAACUGGGGCAGGCAUGGGGUGGCUUGUUUUCAAUAGCUCUCACUCCGGUUUUGUUUCUACCAUUUCACUACAUUGAUUUAGAAGGCUCUGGGGCAGAAGACAAGGCAAAAGAGCAGUUUUUCCAGUUGACCCAGUCUGGCAAAAUCAGAAAAACAUAUGUUUGCCUUUGAGAGCAAAUUCCUCUAUGCUGGGACAGAGUUGGGUGAGGAGAGUAUUGUGAAGAUAAGCUUCUCAGAGUUUAAGAGCAGACAGAAUUGGUAGAAGUCCUAGGCUCAGGGGCUCGGGGUCACUGUAGUGACAAGAAGCAGAGCCCUCAAGUUGGAUGGUUAUGUGCAUUAUGUUAUAGGACCUGGGUUUGUCAUCCUUCUGGAGUUUCCUUUACAAGUCAGAGAACUGACCUGCCCCCUACCUCUUUAAAUAGUUGUAGGCCACUUUUCCUGUAACUUUGGAAGACAAAGGAGGAGGGGAAAUAGGUAUCACACCACACUGUGUCACCAGUGGUGUGGUCGCCUCAGGCAGGUAGGCAGGCCGGGAGGACCUGUCCAGUCCUCACAGAUCAAUGGUCUUGCCAGGUCUGGAUGCUGCCCCACUGGCCAGACUUCUCUUCAGCAGCAGAGCCAGCCUGGGGUUUGCACGUUGAACCUGAGCAAGCUUAACGGGACGAAGCUGAGGCUUUCUCCCCACUGUGACUGGAGUGCAUGUUUACACCAGCACUUUUUCUGCACAUGUGUCUUCAACGAGGCCGUUUUUUAUGUUGAGUAACAGAAGCCACCAAGCGGCUACUGCAUUACGCUCUCCCAGCAACUGGCCGCAGUCUCUUCUGUACUGUUUUCUAUACCAGACCUGCUUGCCACCACAGGGAGCUCUCCACCCCCGCACAAUGACAUUCCAACCAGCACCAGCCAGAAGUUACAGCCAACCUUGCUGAUUGUCACAAGCAGGACCUCGGGUCCAUCGGCAGUGUAUGUGAUAGUAAGCCAUUUCUGGGUCCAUUGGCACUGUUCGUGAUAGUAAGCCAUUUCCUGGGAAGAGGAAGAAAUUCCUCCCCGCAGAUCUGCUUGGGCCUAUGUAAAUGGCACUUCAAAGGAGUCCCAUGCACUUGGAGUCCACGAGCCAAUGGGCUACGCAAAGACGCUUAAACAUUUCAGGGCUUGUUUCUCUGUUCAUAUCCAAUUCUGGUGCUUAGGAACAGGGACCCAUGCUGAUGCCCAAGGGCAAAAAGCCCCACUUCCUUUAAGGAAGGGAGCAGGCCCAACCCUGAUGCCCAAUAAGGGGCAACCUAGGCUUUUUGUUUUUCUUGCUUUUAUUCCUUUUUGUUGUUGUUGUUGGCCUUGUGCUGGGUUUGUUUACAAAAGAUGUAUUUUGUUUAACCAAAUAUUAAAAAUGGAAAAUUCCAUACAUAAAUCUCCUUCCUUGUCUGCCUGAAUUACAUAUGUAAAGAAAAAAAAUAAUAAAUGUUAGUGUGAUGCUCUUUUAAAAAGAAUUCACUACCAUAAUAAGUCAUCUUUUAUAGGCUUAUUGAGCUUUAAUCAGACUUCACCUGAAAAAUUCAGAGACAAAAUAUUUUUCUUUAUUGUGCUUUAAGUGAAAGUUUACAGUACAAGUCAGUUUCUCAUACAAAAAUUUAUACACACAUUGUUAUGUGACCCUAGUUGCUCUC